AUGCAUAACAGGAAUAUAUCAGGAUUCCCUAUUCCUUACAGGAAUUCAGAAUAUCAUGGUGCAGUGAAUAUUAUACGUCAGAAUGACCACUCCUUUGGAAAUUCAAUUUACACGAGAGGUUUAUCUGCACAAGGACCAGAUUUCUUGCACAAUAUGAAAAUAAGUAUGCCUUCUAUAACUCUGGAGACAUGUAAUAAUGCUCCUACCUUAGCAAAUACGGUUAUUGAAUGUAAUAAACAAAUUAAAACUCUAGAAAGUGAUUUGAAGGUAUUUAAAGAAUCUAAUAUGUAUCUAAGUAGUAAAAUAGAAAUGUUAAAAGUUUUAGCUUCAAAUUUUGGAGCUUCAUCAGAAGAUAUUGAGUAUACAAUGUCAGCAAAUGAUAUCAACUCUCUACCAAGACCUAUCACACCAAGUAUAUCUGAAAUAUCCAGAGAUCAUUUUGAAGAACAAUUUAAUGAAUCAUAUAUAGAUAAACCAUCAACAAAUGUUAAUAAAAGUCCUGUCAAGAAAACAAGUAAAAUAGUACCUAGUGUUGCAAAUGUUACAAAAACCUACAGUAUACAGUCAGCCAAUAGCUCAAAUAAGAAUCACAAUAAAUAUCUAACUGGAACUAGAUUUGGUCCAUCAGCUAAUCAGAAACCUAAGAAUUCGAGUACAAAGUCUAAUAGAAUGGCUUCUAGUUUAAUCAAGGGUGGAACAUGA